AUGCCCUCUCUAAAACAGCUCUGCGCAGUUCUCGGCUUCGCAGCACCGUCGGUGCUGGCCCAAAAAGACAACCUUGGCCUCGGCAAUGGCUACAUCGACAUCAAGACCAAGAACCUCAAAGCCCGCAUCGUUCGCGACGCUCAAGUCCUGGUAUCGCUGACCUCGGCAGACGACACCUUUGACUUCUUACCAUUUGAUCGAAUCGAUGCUCGCGCCCAGAAUGGGCAGUAUCACUGGGGUGACAUCACGUACAGAUAUCGCAAACAAGGCGUCUCAGCAUGGACGAGCGGUGAUUCUGCUCAAAAGCGGCAGCCUGUGAAUAAUGUCAGCACGGGAACUGCUCUUGCAUCAUCAGAUCUUGGCCCGACACUACCAGAUAGCCCUCUGAACAUCACUCGGGAAUGGCUCGAUUUUAAAGGUGACCUCGGCCUUCGCUUCACCAUCACUAACAGUGGGGUCGACAAUAUCGAGCUUGGAAGCCUGGGAUUCCCAGCUGAGUUCAACAGUAUCUUCACCAACAGGACAGCCGAGGAGAUGCAAGCCCACUGCUCUCUCGCAGAUCCCUACAUCGGCCUGGACGCCGGCCACAUCCGUGUCGCACCGGUCAAAGGUACUGGCAAUGGUCUCGUCGUCACGCCGUUGAACGGAACUGAGACACCACUGGAGGCUUACCGAGAUCUGAAAGAACCUUGGUUCGAGUCAACUGGUUAUGCAAGUCAGACCUUCGAAGGGUUCUAUGAGUGGCAGGUUCUCACCAAGGCGUGGGCAGAGAAUGAAUGGAAGAACCAAGAGCCUUGGAACGAACCAACUUCAAAAGUUUUGAAGCCUGGCAAGUCGCUCAAGGUUGGUGUCCGGUUCUCUCUAUCCGAGUCCAUUCGCGACUUUGAUAAAGCCGUUCGCAAGACCGGAACCCCUAUUGUAGUUGGUGUUCCUGGAUACACUAUCCCUCGAGACCUACCUGCCGAACUCUUUCCUCUGAGCGAUAGUGGUGUUGCUUCAAUCGAUGUUUCACCGAAAGGCGCACUUGGAAUCCAGAAUUCUAAUAAAGGGUUUCAAACGGGGUAUAGACUUCACCCAUCAUCAUCUGCUUGGGGACGAGUUCGCGUCAGCAUCAAUUACAAUGAUGGCAAGGUGCAGGCUGUCCACUAUUACAUUACGAAGACAACAUCAGAGACCCUCAAUGACCUUGGAAGCUUCUUGACUACAAAGGCUUGGUUCAAUGAUUCAUCGGAUCCUUUCAAGAGAUCUCCAUCGGUCAUGACCUACGACUAUGAGAAGGGCGCAAUUGUCGAGCAGGAUCCACGGGUCUGGAUUGCAGGUCUCAGUGAUGAAGGUGGUACUGGUGCUUAUGUCGCUGCCAUGCUCAAGCAGGUGGUUCAGCCAAAUGCUGAAGAGAUCGCCAAGCUGGACGAGUUCGUUCAAACCACGAUUUGGGGUGGACUUCAAGGGCAAGACUACGGAGUGCGCAAGUCACUUUUCUACUACGAUCCUAAACUGGACUACCCGUAUAGUAAGGAUAGUGACUGGACUUCCUGGACGUCAUGGAACAAAGAAGCUUCGGAGAGCCUCGAUCGUGCAUACAAUUAUGUUCACGUCGUGGUGGCUUACUGGUCCAUGUAUCGUGUCGCACGAGCAUAUCCCGAGCUAACAUCCAAAUCUUGGAGUUGGUACUUGGACCAGGCUCAAAAGACCAUUAUUCGGAUGACCCAGAAAGACGUGUCAUACAGAGACGUUGGUCUGAUGGGCGAGACAGUGUUUGGGGAGGUUCUGACGGGUCUGAAGCGCGAGGGUAAUGACACUGCAGCAGAUGCUGUCGAGAGUGCGAUGAAGAAGCGCGCUGAGCUUUGGCACUCGCAGGACAUUCCAUAUGGAAGUGAGAUGGCAUGGGACUCAACAGGCCAGGAAGGCGUAUACUACUGGACCAGGCACUUCGGCUUCGAUGACUCGGUCCAAAAGACGAUCAACAGUGUCCUGGGAUAUAUGCCCAACGUACCUCACUGGGGAUGGAACGGCAAUGCGCGUCGAUACUGGGACUUUGUCUACGGAGGAAAGCUCCAAAGAAUCGAGCGACAGAUCCACCACUACGGGUCUGGCUUGAACUCUCAAGUUCUUCUCUCAGCUUUUCGAGAUAACUCCUCUGACACUUACCUCCUCCGUGUUGGGUACGCUGGAUCGUCUGCGCCGCUCACCAACAUCAAUCAAGAUGGCUUUCCCAGCGCCGCGUUUCACUCACGGCCGGAUACUCUCAAGUGGGAUGGUAUCACCGGUGAUUAUGGCGGUGGCUUGAUUGGUACGGUAUUGAACUCGGGCACCUACGUCGCCGAUGACAAGGAUCUUGAUAUUGUCGCCUUUGGGGGUAAACUCACAAAUAUAGGAGCUCAGUAUUUUGUUGAGCCAAAGGAUGCUGUAAGAAAGAGAAUAUUCAUUGGGCCUUUCAAAGUUAUGGUUACAGUUGAUGCUGGAUGCAUCAGCCAGUUCAGCUUCCGCCUAGGAGCUCGGAAGGGAUUCGACCUUACGCUGUCACAGACGGAGGGUGCUCCCAAGGCAGCCAAAGCCGCGGUAUGGAUUGAAUCAACAGGUGAUGAAGAGUGGCAACUCGAAGCGAAAAAGGAUGUUGGCGUUGAGAAGGGGCGAGGAGGAUGGAUCGUACCUCUCCCUAAAUCUGGGUCUGUCAGACUACAGAUCCACUCAGGCGAACUUUUGUAA